CAGGAUGGCGGGCGCCGCGCCGCGGGUCGACUGCUUGGCGGGCUUCCGCUGCCCGGCUGGGCGCCUGGCGGCGGGCCGACCGCGCGUGCUGGGCCUCGGCGCGGAGGUCUUCCUGUCCACCGGCAGCGAGCUCGUCUACGCCUACGACCGGCAGGCCCGGCAGCCGAGCGCGGUGUACGAGUUUCCCGGGCAGGUGUGGCACCUGGAGCUGCUGGCCCCCCGCCAGGCGCUCUACGUCCUGUGUGCCCGGAAGGGCGUCUACUUCGUCCCGCUGGACACCCCGAGCAGGUCUGUGAGCCACGCCGGGGGCACCAUCGAAGAUGACGAGCUCCCUCCCGGUGUCACUGCCGUGGGCCCAGAUGCCUGCCUCUUCCCUGAUGCUACACUUUGUGCUUUCACCCUGCUCGACGACUUGCUUGUCACCAUGGCACAGGGCACAGCUACGUGGAAGAUGCAGCUGUUUGAGCGGCCCUGCCCAGGGCCGGACCCCAGGCCAGGAGCUCAGAUCGGCGAGGUGGUGUUCCCCGCUGGCCCACCCUCAGCUCGGGACCCUGGGGAGCCCCCAGCCAUGCACUUCCUCCCGGUGCUCUGCUGUGUGUCCCCGCCCAACUCCAGGGCCCCUCAAAGCCACCUCCCGGGCCCUGGGGGCUUCACUCUGCAGAGCGCCCUCUUUGGUCUGCUCUUCGGGGCCGAUGCUGCCCUCCUGGAGUCGCCCGUGGUCCUCUGCGGCCUCCCCGAUGGCCAGCUCUGCUGUAUGGUCCUCAAGACCCUGGUCAACUUGCGGGAAGCCCCAGGGGACCCGAGGGCCCUGGUCAGGAUCCUCCACCACCUGGAAGAGCCCGUCGUCUUCAUAGGGGCCUUGAGAACGGAGCCUCAGGCCCAGGAGGCUGUGGGGCAGGGGCUGCUGGGUGAGGACACACACGCCAACUGCGUGGUGGCCCUUGGCCACCAUGGCCGGAUGCUGGCCAUCAAGGCCAGCCGGGACGAGGCGGGGAAUCUGGUGCCUGAGCUGCGGGAGUACCGCCUGCCAGGGCCCAUCCUGUGUGCUGCUUGUGGCGGGGGCGGCCACGUCUACCACGGCACCCCCUCGGACCUCUGUGUGGUGGACCUGGCCCAGGGCAUUGCCCCCGAGGACCGCACGCAGUCUGGCCUGCCCCCACUGCUGUGUCCGGCCAGCCUGAGUAUCUGCAGCAUUGUGGCCCUCUCUGUGUCGCCUGGGGCUCCCGAAGAGGACACCGAGCUCCUGGUCCUGUCUGCCAGAGGCCGCUUGAUGGCCUGCCACCUGGCCCGGGACCCCGUGGCAGCCUGCCCAGCCAGGAUGACAGCAGCUCAAGCCGGCCAGAAGAUCAGGGACCUGCUCUCAGGCAUCGGCAGCAUCUCCGAGAGGGUGUUCUCUCUGAAGAAGGCAGUCGACCAGCGGAACCAGGCCUUGAUGUGCCUCCAUGAGGCCCUGGACGUGAGCUGCGCCUUGCUCUCCCGCCAGGGCAGCCCCAAGCCCAUCGCGUGCAGUACCACCAUCACCUGGAGCCGCCAGGGCCUGCGCGAGGAGCUGACGGCCACCUGCCGGCUGGAGAACCGCGGUGCACACAGCCUUGGCCCCGGCUGGACCUGGUGCCUCCAGGUGCUUUCCAGUGCCCACGCCUUUGAGCUGGACACGGCCGGCACCACCACCACCUACACGGUCCCCGUACACCAACUGGCCCCUGGCGCCUGGCGCGAGGUGACGCUGUCCCUGGGCUCCGGCGAGGAUGGCACGCCCGAGCUGCCUGUGACCGUCUCCUGCGCGCUCUUCUACAGUGUUAGGGAAGUCGUGCGGGGGGCGCUUGCCCCCCCGGGCUCCACGGAGGACCCCCACUGCAAGGCAUGCCCCCCGGACCUGCUGCCCACACGGGACGGCAUCUGCCUGCCCCUGGGUGAGCACACCGUGGAUUUGCUACAGUGCCUCCGCUUCCCCGGCCUGGCCGCGCCCGGCACGCAGGCCACCCGCCCCACUGCACCCACCGCCGACCCUGUGGAUACCUUCCUGGGAGCCUGUCGCGAGCAGGGCAGUGAGCCGGUGGGACCCACUGCCCUUCGGGCCAAGUACCUGCCCCCGUCCGUGGCCUCCGCCCGGGUGUCAGUGGAGCUGCUGAGGGCUGCUCUGGAGAACGUGUACACGGGCGUGCCCCUGUGCUGUGCCACUCUGCAGUGGCUGCUGGCCGAGAACGCUGUCGUGGACGUCGUGAGGGCCCGAGCGUUGUCAUCUGUGCAGGGUGUGGCCCCCGACGGUGCUGACAUCCGCCUCAGCGUCCACGAGGUGGCCUUGACAGACCUGUGCCCUGCGGGCCCCAUCCAGGCCAUGGAGAUCCAGGUGGAGAGCGCCUCCCUGGCUGACGUGUGCCGGACACACCACGCAGUCAUCGGCCGGAUCCAGACAAUGGUGGUGGAGCGGGCUGCCCGGGGCUCCAGCCCACCCGACCUGCGCGUGCAGUGCCUACGCCAGAUGCAUACCAACCACGAGGCGCUGCUGAGGGAGGUGCAGGCCCUGCGUGACCGGCUGUCCCUGGAGGAUGAGGCCAGCUCCCGCACCACCGCCGAGCAGCUCCUGCAGGUGUACCAGCAGCUGCGCAGCCCCAGCCUCGUCCUGCUGUGA